CCGAUGGUGUGACGUCAGUGUUUCGAUGGCCAGCCUUCGCCUGUUCUAAGAUGUUCGAUGAUCUAAAUCUGAAAAAUUUAUUUGCACUUCUUUUGUCGUGAUUAGAAAUAUUGAAGUGUCAGCGCCCGUAUUUUCUCUCGAUUGUGCUACCAAAAUGAAGUUAAAAUGAGUGACCACGACUCCUCCAACACGUAAUCCCUGGAAUCAUUAGUUAACAUUGUUUCAACAUUCGACAACCCUCAUUCAUUGGCUUCAAUAUCAGUGUCAGUCUUGAAAUAUAUUACGAUUUCCUUGAGAACUUGGAAUCAGCAGUGAAAUGACGUCCCGACACGAAGGUGUCAGUUGCGACUCAUGUCUGAAAGGAAAUUUCCGUGGUCGCCGCUUCAAGUGUCUGAUUUGUUUUGACUACGACCUUUGUGCCAACUGCUAUGAAGGGGGCGCCACCUCCACGCGCCACACCACAGAACACCCUGUUCAAUGCAUCCUCACCCGUGCUGAUUUUGAAUUGUACUAUGGAGGUGAGUCCUUAGCUUUGGACCAGCCGCAGGUGUUCACAUGCCCGUUCUGUGGGAGUAUGGGCCACACUGACUCAGGUCUUCAGGAACAUGUGGCUGCCGAACACUCAGAUUUAUCUUAUGAAGUGAUUUGUCCCAUUUGUGCUUCGUUGCCUGGAGGGGAAGCUAACCUGACAACAGAUGACUUUGCUGGCCAUUUAACAUUAGAACACAGAAGCGGUCCCCGCGACCUCAUCUCUUUCCUCGAUGAUCCCAUGAACACGAGACAUAGUUUACGUCGCAUAACCCAUUCUAAUCGAGGCGUUGGACCUAGUAAUCGGGCUAGACGAACAAACAUGCACUUCAGUUCAUCUGGAGUUGUUUCUCAUUUGUCAUCAUCAAGUCGCGAGUCAGUGGACCCAAUAGCAGAGCUCCUGUCGCAGCUUAGCGGGGUGAGGCGCAACGCGGGUAGCACCGGAUCUAACUCUUCCCAGCUGCAGCAGCUGCAGAUGCAACUUCAAUUAGAACGGCAACAAGUCAGGGCUGCCAGACAGCAAUUAGAAAGACUGCCACGUCGGCAAAAUCAGAAUGCAAUACCUAGUAAUGGAACGAGCAACAAUGGCCUAUCUUCUGUCGGCAACGCUCAGCAAUCAGACGUCUCGGCUCAAACGCAGCAAUCGCAAAACCAGUCACAGUAUUUACUAACCAGGUGUUUAGAUGAAGCUGAAUCUGGUAUUGAUGUGAGUGAGCGAGCGGACCGUAGCCUAUUCGUGCAAGAAAUGCUACUAGUAGCUUUAGGCCUGGAUAACCAAUCAGGCGAGAAAGAGAAGCCAAGCAGCGUGGCAGCUGCGCUCUCGCAGCCUCUCACUUUCCCAUCCAAACCGAGUGCGCCGGAGACCCAAACCGUACCCAAGCGGCAAACCCAGCGCAAUGGCAGCAGUGGCAGCAGUGGUAGUACCAACGUUGUCGCGGUGUCCAGGCCACAACAGCUGCCUGUGACGACGGCUGCACCACAAGUGAAUAGACUGCAUCCUAGGUUUUUUAAUAGAGAGGUUGGACUAGGCGCCAUUCCUUCCAAUACUGCACUGCGGAAACCCAUGCGGUCUGGCCCGGUCGAUAGCAGAAAUCAGAACCAAUCCUCCGAGCCACCGCCUUCCCAUUAACGCUGCCCCAACUUCCUCUAGUCUUAUCAUCUAGCCUGGCGUCGUGCCUCGGUGGCCUGUCCCUCAAACGGCCCCCUCUUUAUAUAUAAAUAUUAUAUAUCUUGGUUAUUUCCUUGUUAUCUACCGUGUAUAAUUUUGCCACCCUCCCAGCCGCGGAGAGUUUUGUCCCUUCUAUUGUCCCCCUCCUUUGCCCCAUCUCUCACUCUUCACCAUUCUGUGAUGCUCCGCAUAAGACACUCAAGUUCAGUUUUUUGAUCCAAUAAAAUGAACCAUUGUGUUUCGUAAGUCAUCCAGCAAGAUCUUCCCUCCUGACCUUACUGUUCCCGAAAGUUCAAAGAAAGGAAUAAACUCUCAAUUCAAUCAAAACCUUCAGAAAGCAUUAUCAAAUCAGACAUUGGAGUUUUUAUAAAAUGUGUAAUUUCUGCAUGUUUGGAGAGUUAGAACUCAAAAGCCGUCUAUGCUAUCUCAUUAUUUCAGAAGUAGUUAAUUUUAACUGCACUUUCUCUGUAGUAUGUCUGUAAAGCACUUGACGAAGGCUCUCUAGUACUUAAAAACGCAAAACUGGUCUGCUUCUCAAUACUGUAGAAUGUUUUUAAAAAACCGAGUACAUCCUUAACUCAUUUGCCUAUUUCUGGGUUUUAAUUUUUUGAUAAAAUUUUGAAAUUUUAAAAUCCCUCAUCUUUCCGCUAGAAAAUGUUUGCCCUUUGUCGUUCUCACCAACUCCAGUGCAAAAAUACAGAAUUCAAAGAGGAAUCAAUAACGUACUUAAAUUUAAGUGAAAAUUAAAUUAAGUUUUUGCCACUCAGUAUGAGUAACUUUGAGCCGCAAAAUCAUCGCUUUAUUGAACUUGACAAUCAGUGAAAGUCACUUUUUCUAUUUUUAGCACUGGAACAAGAGUGAGUUCGGCAAAAAUCAUCUUUUUCAUCCCAUGGUUUUCUUAUAGCUGAUAACAUAUCUUUCCUUGGUAGUUUCAGAUAGCAUCCUAAAACCUGUUUUGAUCGUUUGAAGCCUGAAAACACUGAUCUCAAUUAGCAUUGUUGUUAAUUCCACAUUAUACCCAAUUUGUUUUUGUGGAAAGCCUAUCGCUUUCAUUUCACAAAAUUUAACCAUACAAUUUUCUUCUUUAUUGAGGUUUUUUGUGUGAAAGGUUCCAGCAUCAUGAUUGGCUUGUUCUCCAUUAAAUUUAGUAGCGGAUAUUGUGAAAAGCUGCGAUUGAGAUCUGUGUUCUCAGAGUCUAGCUUUGAGUUUCUGUGUCCUCGCUUCCUGCCCUAAUUACGAAUCUUCCUGUUAAAUUUUACCUGUGUUGUCCAAUCAGCUCCGCAGUUUGAAACCUUACCCCUCUUUAAUAUGCUGUAAUUUUCGACUGAUGCAUUUUUAUCAAUUUUGGAAUAGUGGUUUCUUUUUUUGAGGCAGUUCUGCUCCAAAAAAUACAGUACUCUCUCUCCAUUACGACACUCAUUAUAACGGAAAUCUCAAAAACAAAAGUAUCAUCCAGUUCCUUGUACUUACAAUGCUCCUUCAAUACACCGCUUGUCAUAAGGAAAAUUUCUCCUCAUUGAAAAACCGUUUGGUCCAUCGCGGAUUCAUCGUAUAGAGAGAGAACUGUAUGAAAAACAUAGCAAUGGAAGUACUCGGAUUUCUUGGAUCUUUUUCUGCCUUGUGAAUCGAGCAGACAUGCCUGAACAUGUUUUCUCCUUGCCUUCCCAGAGGGUGUCAAUCAUUGUACCCCCUAAUUUGUUUAGUCGGCUUAAGAUUCAUUGAAUGUCGUUACAUUAUCAUUGAUGAAAUUGAUGUUGCAUUUAUGUGUGAAACCAAAAACCAAAGAGAAGUGGUGAUGAUUUUUGAUGUUGAGAGCCCCCUCGACCUUCCUGGAUGAGUCUAUUUUGGAAAUGGAAUCACGUAAACAAAUUUAUUAAUCUGACAUUGGUAGCUUUUAAACGUGUUUUGGGUCCCAAAAUUCUGUGAAUGGUCCUAUGCAAGGAAUCCUGCAACUCUGAACUCAUCAAUACACAUUUUUACCCAGCUCUCACAAUAAUAAUGUUUUUUUUUUCCUUUAAAAGAAAUAAAUAAAAACAAUAGGUAUGUCAGAGAAGGUAGAAAAAAUGGGUGGUUCAGAGAAGUGAGGAGAGGGGCUGAUAGAAAUUAUAGACAUCUGUCAACACCAAAAUGAGCUUUGUAGAGAACAGAUUUUUAAAAUAUUCUUUGCGCUUUUCCAUUUUUCUAAAUUGGCUAUUAAGCAUUUUUCAAGAAUUUCUUGUAUUUUCGUAUUGUCCCCUCUUCCAGUCCGUCUAGAAACCUCCGUGGAAAAUGUUAAUGGUGCAAAAUCAUUGAAAUCCUCGAUCUGCUUCUGCCAAAUGAUAUCUUGUUGAUAUGGUGAUUUUCAAUUGCGUUGUAAAUACUUGUACAGGAACCAUUAAGCCAAAUAUAUUGCAGGGGAGGGGGAGGGGAGGGAUGGGUCUUUCAUACCAUCAACAGCUGCAAGUUGCAUAGUCAAGUAUGCGUCCUUACUUGAGCUGUUUCAUCUAAUCCUGUUUGAAUGUACUAAAUCCUGCUUUUUUUGUUUUAGAUUUUUAACCUUUUUCUUUUUUCCUCGUAGCCAUUAUUAUUUUAAUCUUUUUUCUAAUAGAGCAAAUUUAACAGUCUAGUUUCCGUUUUUAAACGUUCAACCACAGUUUGCUGCGAUUCUAAUCAGCAUCUCUUUCUGCACCUUAUCAGUGAGUUAGCUUCACUCCGCUGGAGUCGGGUUUUCUUUUUUCUUUAUUAUUUGUUUAUUUUGUUUUGUUUCAAAGGAGGAAGCUGUUUUGUCGGAAAAAACAGAAACUGUGAAGGAGCCUCCGGUUCUGCUUGUUUAAAUAAAUCAGGGUUGUGUUUAUCAAUUAAGCAUCGUCAAACUUGAGUGUAAUCAGUGUGACACUCCGUGCAAUGUAUAGAAUUGAAUCUUGUGUAAUUUGAUCCGACUGUUGUGUGUCAUUUCCAUAAGCGGUCACGCCCAAGCAGCGAGCACUUGCCCUGUUUCGUCUCUGCUCGGUUAAAUUACUAAUAGCUUUUACUAUUUCCUCUCAACCUGUACAUUUCUGUGAUACAGUCUUAUCUAUUUGCUAUUGUAUCUAUCAAAAAGAAAAUUUGGAAAAAAGAAAAAUAUCUGUUUUAAAUGAAUGUAAUUACAUAUUGUUCGCAUAAAAUUUUUCGAGAUA